AUGGCCCGCUCCCUCGUCUUGACCGGUGCUGUGCUCCUCUGCAGCGGUGCGCUCUUCACGGCCUUCGUGGCCGCGCCCCGCGCUGCCCCGGCCCCGACCGCGCCCCACGCGGCCACCGCCGCCUUGAGCGCCGUGACUUUGGUGGCUCCCGAGGCAGCCCAUGCGGAGGGCGGCGCCGUGUGGAUCCCUGCGCUCUCGGCCAUCGGCGCCGGAUUCGCCAUCGGCCUCGCCGCCAUCGGCUCGGGCGUGGGCCAGGGAAUUGCCAGCGGCCGCUGCAUUGAUGGCAUCUCCCGCCAGCCGGAGGUUGCGGACGACCUCCGUGGUGUGCUGCUGCUGUCUCUGGCCUUCAUGGAGUCUUUGACCAUCUACGGCCUCGUGAUUGCGCUGGUGCUCCUCUUCGCGAACCCGCUGAUCAAAAUGGCCCGCUCCCUUGUCUUGACUGGCGCCGUGAUCCUCUGCAGCGGUGCGCUCUUCACGGCCUUCGUGGCCGCGCCCCGCGCCGCCCCGGCCCCAACCGCGCCCCAUGCCGCCACCGCCGCCUUGAGCGCCGCGACGCUGAUCGCCCCCGCAGCUGCCCAUGCCGAGGACGGCGCCGUGUGGAUCCCCGCGCUCUCCGCCAUCGGCGCCGGCUUCGCGAUCGGCCUCGCUGCCAUCGGCUCGGGCGUGGGCCAGGGAAUUGCCAGCGGCCGCUGCAUUGACGGCAUCUCCCGCCAGCCUGAGGUUGCGGAUGACCUCCGAGGCGUGCUGUUGUUGUCUUUGGCCUUCAUGGAGUCCUUGACCAUCUACGGUCUCGUGAUUGCCCUGGUGCUCCUCUUCGCGAACCCUCUGAUCAAGUGA